GGCCAGCAGCUUCAUCCUGGAGCCUCUACGUGUUUUAUGAACGUGAUUUUAAGAAAAAAAGAUGGGUCAUCGAGGUGCCACAUUCUCUGCCAUUCUGCAAGUGCCUGGAGCGUACGAGGCCAGGGCGCUGUUGGUGGCGCUGAGCAUCUUGGGAAAUGUGGUCCCAGCGCCGUCCGAGGAGUGUGGGUAGUGUGGUCCUGGCGCCCGGCUGGAAGAGGUUCCCCAGCUGGUGGCUCGAGUGACCCCUUGUUGUUUGGUGGCGCUGGUUAAUGAGGCUCCCGUGGGAUCCUUGCUGCAACCGUGCCCUCUUCUGCGCGGAAAGGAAAGUCUGGAAAGGCACACAUGGCUUUCAAAGAUGUGGCUGUGGAUUUCACCCAAGAGGAGUGGAGCCUGCUGAGUCCUGCUCAGAGGACUCUGUACAGAGAGGUGAUGCUGGAGAACUACAGCAACCUGGUCUCCCUGGGAAUUCCAUUUUCUAAACCAAAACUCAUCACUCAGCUGGAACAAGGGAAAGAGACCUGGAGAGAGGACAGAAGAUGUCCACUGGCCGCCUGUCCAGCGGGAACAAAACCAGAGCUCCACCUUGGUCCUCUCUGCCCUCCAGAUUGCUCCACUCAGAAACUCCCCGUGCAGCACACGCUGUGUGAUCCUCCCCCCUGGAUCUUCACAUGCUUGUGUGCAGAAAGCCACGCUGAGCCAGGGGAACUGGACCCCGGGGAACAGGAGAAGCAGCAGCAGCAGGCAUCGGAUGGCGGCUCCUGGAGCGACAGAGCAGGCCGGGAGAGAGAUGGCCCCCGGCCUUUGUUUGGAAGGACACGGAAGAGGGCUCUGGGAGCACUCUCCAGGCCGCCACAAAGGCAGCCAGGCAGCUCUCAGAAUGGCAUCAGAAGGGAAGAGACAGAGGCCAGCCCAGCUCAGACGGGAAACCCUGAGGAAACAGCCAAAUUGUUGAAGAGGAUAGAAGUCUUAGGAUUUGGAACGGUCAACUGCGGGGAGUGCGGGCUGGGCUUCAGCAAGCUGGCAAACCUGCUUAGUCACCAGAGGAUACACUCAGGGGAGAAGCCGUACGUGUGCGGGGUGUGUGAGAAGGGCUUCAGUCUGAAAAAGAGCCUGGCCAGACACCAGAAGGCCCACUCAGGGGAGAAGCCCAUCGUGUGCAGGGAGUGCGGGCGCGGCUUUAACCGGAAGUCAACACUCAUCAUACACGAGAGGACACACUCUGGUGAGAAGCCUUAUAUGUGCACUGAGUGUGGGCGAGGCUUCAGUCAGAAGUCCAACCUCAUCAUCCACCAGAGGACACACUCGGGGGAGAAGCCGUACGUGUGCCGGGAGUGCGGCAAAGGCUUUAGCCAGAAGUCGGCUGUUGUCCGACACCAGAGGACGCACUUGGAGGAGAAGACCAUUGUGUGCGGUGACUGCGGCCUGGGCUUCAGUGACAGAUCAAACCUCAUCUCCCACCAGAGGACGCACUCGGGUGAGAAGCCCUACGCCUGCAAGGAGUGCGGGCGUUGCUUUAGGCAAAGGACAACCCUUGUCAACCACCAGAGGACACACUCUAAGGAGAAGCCCUAUGUGUGUGGAGUGUGCGGGCACAGCUUUAGCCAGAAUUCAACCCUCAUCUCGCACAGAAGGACGCACACAGGGGAGAAGCCGUACGUGUGUGGGGUGUGUGGGCGAGGCUUCAGCCUGAAGUCACACCUCAACAGACACCAGAACACACACUCAGGGGAGAAGCCCAUCGUGUGCCAGGACUGUGGCCGAGGCUUCAGCCAGCAGUCCAACCUCAUCAGACACCAGAGGACACACUCAGGGGAGAGGCCCAUGGUGUGCCAGGAGUGUGGGCGAGGCUUCAGCCAGAAGUCCAACCUCCUCGCACACCAGAGGACACACUCAGGGGAGAAGCCGUACGUGUGCCGGGAGUGCGGGCGAGGCUUCAGUCACCAGGCGGGGCUCAUCAGGCACAAGAGGAAACACUCGAGGGAGAAGCCUUACACGUGCAGGCAGUGUGGACUCGGCUUUGGCAGUAAGUCAGCUUUAAUCACGCAUAAGCGAACACACUCAGAAGAAAAGCCUUGUGGGGGUGGGCAGUGUGGCCAAAGCUUUUCCCAGAAGUCACACCUCACCUCACAUCAGCUGACACACAAGGGGGAAAAACCUCACGUGUGCAAGACGUGCGGGCAAGGCUUUAGCCAGAAGUCUCACCUCAGCAGACACCGGAAGAUAAAGGCUGUCCACCACAAACCACCACUCCACCCUGACUCUGAGGCCUAUUCAGGGCAACCUCCUGGUCCUCUGUACUCUCUUGGCAAGUGAAGAUGGUGGUGAGGACCAGCUGUCAAAAUUUUCACACUUCCAUGAAACAUGAAAUGGAAUAGAAGAUUGCAUUCCGUAAGUGGUCAAAGGACAUCUGACCUAGUUUACUUUCCACACACUGUCUUCUCCAUGUUUUGUGGCCUUUUGUUAUAAUAAACUUUCCCCCUUUACAGAUCUGUUA